GAAUUAGCCUAAGUUAUUAAAGAUGGCGGCAGAGCGGAGUCGCUCUCCGAUGGACUCGCCGGUUCCGGCCUCAAUGUUCGCCCCCGAGCCCAGCUCCCCGGGGGCAGCCAGGGCCGCGGCGGCCGCCGCCCGACUCCACGGCGGCUUCGAUUCGGACUGCAGCGAAGACGGCGAGGCGCUCAAUGGCGAGCCGGAGCUGGACCUCACCAGCAAGCUGGUUCUAGUGAGCCCUACAUCAGAGCAGUAUGACAGCCUACUUCGGCAGAUGUGGGAGAGGAUGGACGAGGGAUGCGGAGAGACCAUAUAUGUCAUUGGGCAGGGAUCAGAUGGGACUGAGUAUGGGCUGAGCGAAGCUGACAUGGAGGCCUCCUAUGCCACAGUGAAGAGCAUGGCAGAACAGAUAGAAGCUGAUGUCAUCCUCCUGCGGGAACGUCAAGAAGCUGGGGGCCGGGUUCGUGAUUACCUGGUCCGGAAACGAGUCGGAGACAAUGACUUCCUGGAGGUCAGGGUGGCAGUAGUGGGCAACGUGGAUGCCGGCAAAAGCACGCUUCUGGGGGUCCUGACACAUGGGGAGCUGGACAAUGGCCGAGGCUUUGCCCGUCAAAAACUCUUCCGCCAUAAACAUGAGAUUGAAUCUGGGCGCACCAGCAGUGUGGGUAACGACAUUCUGGGCUUUGACAGCCAAGGCAAUGUGGUGAACAAGCCUGACAGCCAUGGUGGCAGCCUAGAGUGGACAAAGAUCUGUGAGAAGUCCACUAAGGUUAUUACUUUCAUCGAUUUGGCUGGCCAUGAGAAGUACUUGAAGACCACUGUCUUUGGCAUGACUGGCCAUUUGCCUGACUUCUGCAUGCUUAUGGUGGGCAGCAAUGCUGGCAUCGUUGGGAUGACCAAGGAGCACUUGGGCUUGGCACUGGCACUCAAUGUACCUGUCUUUGUGGUAGUCACCAAGAUUGACAUGUGUCCUGCCAACAUCCUGCAAGAAACCCUGAAGCUGUUACAACGCUUGCUGAAGUCACCAGGCUGCCGGAAGAUUCCCGUGCUGGUACAGAGCAAGGAUGAUGUGAUCGUUACAGCCUCCAACUUCAGCUCUGAGAGGAUGUGCCCAAUAUUCCAGAUCUCCAACGUUACAGGCGAGAACCUAGAUCUGCUGAAGAUGUUCCUCAACCUCCUCUCCCCCCGUACCAGCUAUAGGGAGGAAGAGCCUGCUGAGUUUCAGAUUGAUGACACUUACUCUGUGCCUGGUGUGGGGACAGUGGUGUCGGGGACAACACUGAGAGGCCUGAUCAAGCUGAAUGACACGCUGCUACUGGGCCCAGACCCCCUGGGUAAUUUCCUGUCCAUUGCUGUCAAAUCCAUCCAUCGCAAACGCAUGCCUGUCAAGGAGGUUCGUGGGGGCCAGACGGCAUCCUUUGCGCUGAAGAAGAUUAAGCGAUCGUCCAUCCGGAAGGGCAUGGUGAUGGUUUCCCCACGCUUGAAUCCCCAAGCCUCCUGGGAGUUUGAGGCUGAGAUUCUCGUCCUCCACCAUCCCACCACGAUUAGCCCGCGCUACCAGGCCAUGGUGCACUGUGGGAGCAUCAGGCAGACGGCCACCAUUCUGAGCAUGGACAAGGACUGUCUGCGUACCGGGGACAAGGCCACUGUACACUUUCGCUUCAUCAAGACCCCAGAGUACCUGCACAUAGACCAGCGGCUGGUGUUCCGGGAAGGCCGCACCAAGGCAGUUGGCACCAUCACUAAGCUCCUACAGACUACCAACAACUCCCCGAUGAACUCCAAGCCCCAGCAGAUUAAAAUGCAGUCAACAAAAAAGGGCCCUCUGACCAAACGAGAAGAGGGGGGCCCAUCCAGCGGGCCAGCAGUAGGAGCACCCCCACCUGGGGAUGAAGCUUCCUCUCUAGGGGCUGCACAGCCAGCUGUAUCCAGCAGUCUCCAGCCACAGCCUAAGCCCAGCAGCGGUGGCCGGCGACGAGGGGGCCAGCGCCAUAAGGUGAAGUCCCAGGGGGCUUGUGUGACUCCUGCCAGUGGAUGCUGAAUCUUACCUGGUUCACCCCCACCACCCAAGGGGUCCUCACACUCUGGCCACUGCUCUACCAAAAUGACAGAGCAGCUCUGACCGCCACUCGCCCGCCCACCCAGGCCACAGCCAGAGCCUCCGCAUAGCCCCACCCCUAUUUUCCAGGGGGGUUGUAAUUUAUGAGCUGAGGAAGAUGGCCAGACUUCCAGAGGACUGACCAUCUCCCACCCUCUUUCCUCCCUGCCUUCUUCCUCACUCACACUUUUUUUGUACAUCUGGGCCCUGCGUUUUUAUUCUGUUUAUUAUAUGUCUCUGUCUAUAUUUGUGUGUGUGUGUGUGUGUGUGUGUGUGUGUGGCAUUUGGCUACCACUAGGGCCCUGUCAGUCUCUGUCCUUUUUUCCUCCCUGACUGCCCGCCCACCUGCCUGCCUGUGUGUCUCUGUGAGAAUCCUCAGGGCUGUGAGGGGAUGUCAUGAGCUAAAAAAGCCCACCUUCCCUGUCUCACGGCUCCUCUCAGCACUCAGAAGCCCCUUCCAUUGAGCCAGACUGGGCAGAGGGGCUUCUGAGAUUCAGUGUCUGCUGCUGCCAGAGCAGGGAGUCCCCAGUCUAGGACUUGGGGAUUUUAAUAGGGAGAAAUUGAUGGCUUCCCUUUUUCUCUCUCUCCCUCUUUUCCCUUUGAGUCUCCAAACAGGUAAUGCCAAAAGCUCUCCUGUGUGACCAAUAGAUGUGUGGAGGGCAGUGGCAAUGGGAUUAGAGGACUCUUCCUGCCCCAGACUCUGACCCUUGCCACUGACCCAAAGAUAUCUGAUGGGUUUUUCCCAUGGAGACAAUCCUGCUCACCUGGCUGGCCCUCUGCUCCUGCCUUUGCCAAUGUACUCAGCCUGGAAGUGCUCACCUUGGCCUAGAGCUGCUCCUUGCCUGGACUUUGGCUUUUUGUUGGGCUUUAGGCACUGGUUACUAGAUUGCCAUCUGGGUCUGCUCAGGGUUAUGUUUUCUAGCGCCUCUUGUUGCUAAGGGUGGAGGUUGCUCCUCUGAGCUGGGCUGGGACUGGAAUCCCCUUCCCUGCCCCAUGGCCCUAGCGCCAUUGCUACAGAGCACAGCCGUGAAGGGCCUGAGGCCCAGGUUUGGAAGCCCCAAUUGGGGCAUCAGGUUAGGCAGGUAGAGGGGAGUGAAAGAGAUUCUUCUAUGCUUAGCACAGAGCAUUCAGCCCUCUAGAAGUAUCCCUGCCUGGAGUGGCAGCUGGGGUCAUAUAGGCCAUAGGUGGUGACAUAGGCCCCAGCCAGGCAGGACUCAGCUCUGAACUAAAGCCCUCCUUGUAGGGUGGGCUGAUGAGCAGGGGUUGUUCCUUCUCUAGCUGGGGCAGACACCCAGCUGGCUGGGUCUUUCCUCAGCCUUACCUCCUUCCUGUCCCCAACUUUCUCCUUUCCUUCUGGUUCCUGACUGCUGGUCCCUGCUCCUCCUCACCUUCCAGCUCUUUCUACUUACCACUGACCCAUGGCCAUGGACUGAUCAGACCAGCAUCAAAAUAAAAGUUUGUUCCAAGUU